GUGACGUCAAUACGAAGAAUGUGCUGUUUACUUCCUGAGGCUCACUUUCACAAGCAGUCUUCUGGUAUGGCAAAGAUUUAACACAUGCUAACAUUUAUAAAUUAUAACGCGCAUGUGCUGUCUACAGUUUUACAUCUCACACCUUGUUUUCUCGAUUGUGGACUCAUUAGGAUGGUGAAAGUUAAACAGAUCUUAAUCUAAAUGGCUUAAGUUAGCAUUAGCGACAUAGCUGGCCAGUUUACCAUAGAUGGACAUAAUUUGACUGAGCGAAGUGCUCAGUCAAAUUAGCGCUGAUUUAAAAAACAAGUCGGACAGUUCAGGUGAAACCGUAUAAAUGCAAAUCACUUAUAACGUUAAAUAUCUUAAUAAACUGUAUGAAGUAUUUUUAGUGUGUAGAUAGCAAGCUGCAGUUUUCUUCAUAAAGAAUUUUGCAUGUGGCUUCACAUCAAUCUGCCAGCGGUUUUAGAGCCUAACAUUAAAUUAAAUCCCAGCCUGCCAGUCACUAAUUAAAACUACAUUAAUGCAUUCAUCUGACAGACAACUGACCCAGUAAGUCAUUCAUCUAGUAUUCAGGUGAAGCUGCUUUAGGCGCCAUGGAGUCCAGUGAAGACGGGGGUUACAGUGUUGGAGGUCCAUCAGGGGAUGAAAACUACUUCCAAGGUUACACCUUCACCGAUCGCUCCCAUUCAAGCCGUGUUGUAAAGAGCAUCAUGGACUUGUGUCUGGAGGAUGGUUUGUUUGCAGACGUCACCAUCAUGGUGGACAGCAAAGAGUUCCAGCUUCACCGGCUUGUGCUCUCGGCACAAAGCAGCUUCUUCAGGUCCAUGUUCACCUCUAACCUUAGAGAAGCUUUUGAUCGUAAUAUUGAGCUGAAGGAUGUCAGUGCGCCAGUCUUCCAGUCACUGGUGGACUACAUCUACCAUGGGACGAUCAAGCUGAGGGUUGAAGAUCUGCAGGAUACUUAUGAGAUGGCAGAUAUGUAUCAGCUCACUGCCCUGUUUGAGGAGUGCUCUCGCUUUCUGUCUCGAACUGUGGAUGUCAAGAACUGCCUCCAGGUCAUGUGGUUGGCGGACAGACACAGCGACCAGGAGUUGUAUACGGCUGCCAAGCACUGUGCGAAGAUUCACCUGGUUCAGCUUAACCAGACAGAGGAGUUCCUGAACUUACCAUUAUGCCUUCUCAUGGAUAUCAUUAAAGAUGGUGUGCCAACCUCACAAAAUCCAACUUCAGCUAUUGAAUCUUGGAUUAAUCACAACAAAGUCGAACGAGAGGAGUAUUCUGAUAUGCUUUUAGACAGCCUAAAGGAGAUUGGUGAAAAAGUACACAUAUACUUAAUUGGGAAGGAAGACACGCGCACACACUCAUUGGCGGUGUCUCUUCAUUGUGACGAGGACGACGCCAUCAGCGUAAGCGGACAGAACAGCUUGUGUCAUCAGAUCACAGCUGCCUGCAAGCAUGGAGCUGAUCUCUAUGUUGUAGGGGGCUCCAUACCGCGACGCAUGUGGAAAUGCAACAUGCACACUAUGGACUGGGAGCGCUGCGCCCCUCUGCCUCGGGACCGUCUGCACCACACGUUAGUGUCUGUGUCCACAGAGGAUGCCAUAUACUCAUUGGGAGGCAAGACUCUCCAAGACACUCUCUCCAAUGCAGUCAUUUACUACACAGUGCAGGACAACAUAUGGAAAGAGACCACUCAGCUAGACACAGCUGUGUCAGGUGCAGCCGGAGUCAAUUUGGGAGGCACUAUUUACCUUCUGGGUGGGGAGGAAAAUGACAUGGACUUCUUUACCAAACCGUCUCGCCUUAUCCAGUGCUUCGACACGGCCACACAAAGGUGUCAGACCAAGCCCUACAUGCUGCCUUUUGCUGGAUGCAUGCAUGCCACUGCCCAUAAGGACCUUAUUUUUGUGGUGGCAGAGGGUGACUCUCUGGUGUGCUAUAACCCACUGCUGGACAGCUUCACUCGGCUGCGCUUUCCUGAAGUGUGGAGCUGCGUGCCAUCUCUAUGGAAAGUGGCCAGCUGCAAUGGAUGCAUUUAUGUUUUUAGAGACAAAUGCAAGAAAGGUGACGCAAACACUUUGAAGUUGAAUCCUGCCACGUCAGUCGUCUCAGUAAUUAAGGGAAUCAAAAUCCUCCUCACAAACUGGCAGUUUGUUUUGGCCUGAGAUGUUCUACGUAAUGCAUGGGACCAUGAUAAAUGUACUAUGGUGAUAUCAGUUAUGGUUUGUGAUAUUGAUUUAAUACACAGCGGUCAUGUAGAAGUUGUUACUGUGGUACAGUGGUACAAGCUUUAUAAUGUCACGUGAAGUAUUACACAGUAGGACACGGUAAAGUGUUAAUGAAGGCCAAAUGUAAUUUGUGAUGUUUGUCAUUUGAAGCUUUGAUGAAACCUUCCAACAUGCAGUUCAUUAGGAUUUCAAAAGAAAUUUAUAUUUGAGUUUCUUUUUAAACUGUUAA